CAAUUGCUCACUUGUUUAAAUUGUAUCAUAAUUCUGAUGAAUGGAACCAGAUGCUGUUAAUUUGUGCAAUCCCUUUGCAACACGCCAUGCGGUGUGGUUUAUGUUGGGUCAUUUUUACACGCCUGUGUUUUCUCACAGACCGGCCGCUUCAUGCUCAGAAACACCCAGAGAAGAGAAAACGGACACCUUUUUUCUAACUUUUUUUUCCUUUGCGGCGACCUGUGACACAGGACACGCGUGUGACGGCCUCUCACCCUGAGCAACUCUCGGACGUGAGACGUGAUAUAGUUUAAGGACGGAGUGGUGUUGUUGGCAGGGUUGUCCACAACAACGUAGUGAGGAUAUUUAUUUGAACAGCAGUGAAGUGAUAAGAACUGAGUGAUAAAAAAAAGAGAGAAAAUUGUUCAUGUGACAGAAAAAAUAUAAAAUAUAAAAUGCACAUUUUCAUUUUUAAUUGGCCACUAAAAUGAAAAUUUCAUUGAAAAAAUUCAAAAUAAGUCUAAGCCGGUAUGCCUCACACUAGUUUUCGGUGAAAUAUGGUUGAAAUUUUACCAAAGUGUCCAGCAGCUGUUCAGGAUAAAACACGACGUCAUGCAAAAGUUUAAAACAAUCCUAUAUUAUUUAUCUCCAGCUUUCCUCUGCUGUCUUUUAUUGUGUAGCAUCAACCACAUACGACAGAAAAACAAAGACGACAUAACAUAACAUAACAUAACAUAACAUGACACAGAAAACGUCAUUCCUCCAUCAUAAAGGCAAACGAACCAGACACACCUCUCUCAUGUUAAGUCAUAUCCAUAACUACCAUGUAAGGUCAGGAUACGACAGGUGGAAAAAAUUAGAAGUACGUCGAAACGUCGGGAGGAAAAUCUAAAAGCUUUUGUCACGAGUACAUGAUCAACGCCCCCAUCUGCUCGUCCACUUCUCUGACCUCCACACGGCUUCAGCACUCUUGUUUCAAGCUGCAGUCUUGUUCUCUUGGUGUGAUGAACCGUUCAUGGUGGAAAAACUGGAUUUACUCAACAUUUCACACACUUGGUACAUAUUUGCAAUUUAGGACACGGUGGAGACGCAAAAAGUGGCAGUGAGGAUGUUAAGAUGCCAGGCCACGGCCUCACUCCCAUCCUGCUCUGCUUGUUACCCAUGUGGAGAAUACUGAUGCCGGUCUUCAGUCAUCCACAGCACAGCAGAUGCAUUCAGAAACAAAGAACAGCCAUCUGCAACAAUUGCGAGCUCACCUUUGUGCCUGCAGGACUGCCAGACCACAUCGAGGAGCUUCAGCUGAACCACAAUCACAUUCAAACACUACAGGACAACACUCUCCAUUACCCCUCACUGAAGACCCUGAGCUUAGCUUGCAAUCGUUUGGAAAAAAUUGAAUCGAACACUUUUCAAGACUUAAAAUUGUUAGAAAGCCUCAAUUUAGCAAAAAACAAACUUGACGCUUACUACCAAGAUACCAGUCAGGCAUUAAAGACUCUACCCAGGCUCAGAGUUCUGGAUCUCUCUGAGAAUUAUCUUGAUGAGGAGAUGGCCGCCUCUCUUCUCCAAAAUCUGACAUCCCUGGAGUAUCUCAAUCUUUCCGGAAACCUCCUGCUGAGGCUGGACGAGACCUCGUUCGCAGAUCUUUGGCAACUCAAGGAACUCGACCUGCAGAGAAACGUCAUGUUCGAGCUCGACGGCGCCUUCAACAGCAAUCACAUGCUCCAGCGGCUCAACUUGGCCUUCAACUACCUGCCUUGCCUGACGGACUUCCAUAUGACCCAGCUGGUGGUCCUCAACGCCAGCCACAACUUAAUCGAGUGGUUCAUCUCUAGACAAGACCUUAACGACACGUUCCAGCUGGAGACGCUCGAUCUGACAAACAACAGACUGCUCUUCUUCCCUUUCCUGCCCAGCCACAGCCACUUGCGGCACCUUUACCUAUCCCACAACAGUGUUAAGUUCUAUGAACACUUGGUCGGCAACGACACAGUCCUGAAUUCGGCUACAACAGUCGAAUUCUACAAUGUGAGGAAGCGCAUGAACAACGUGACGGCGGAGCUGUGGGACGACAGCCUUCACGGUGACAUCUCCUCCCUGGAGAUUUUGGAUCUGAGAGCGAACCAGGUGGCGUAUUUCCCCCAAGGGUUCAUCCAGAGAAUGCCUGCCCUGUCCAGACUUCAGAUGUGCACAAACUGUCUGGAAACCUUAAAUCUGACAUCAGAACAGCUCUCUAGCAGCUUGUACGAGUUGGACGUGAGCAACAACAGGCUGAACCAGAUUGUAGCGGAUGAAGGUACGAUGAUGGCUUUUGGCAAUCUGACGUACAUCAACCUGAGCCUGAAUGCUCUUGAGUCGUUACCCUCAGGGUUAUUUUCCUCUCUGCCGAGCCUCAGGUCAGUGGAUCUCAGCUAUAACAACAUUGACAUUUGCCUCCCUGAGGAAGCUGAGACCAGCACAGAGACAAUGUCAUCUUGUGUGGAUUGGAAAAACAUUGUAUCCCUAAAGCAGCUUCACCUCAAGGGAUGCAACCUACACAGAAUCCCAUCGUCUGCAUUCGCUGGGUUGUCUCUAACGCACUUGGAACUGUCCGACAACCCUGGACUCAUCGUCCAAGGAGCAAUUCAGAGUCUUAGCAGGACGUUGCAACAUCUAGGUUUAGGAAACACUCACAUCCAAGACUUUGACUUCUCUCAUUUCCGAAGUUUAACAUCUCUAAACAUUUCAAGGAACUCUCUUGCCCAUCUGCCCCCUUCCCUUCUCAAUCUUGACCUGACAGUGCUCGAUUUGAGGGACAAUAAACUGUCCACUAUUGCCUCGGGUGAAGCUCAGGCAUUAGCCCCAAAACUACGCACAGUCUUCCUGGCAGGAAAUCCGUUCAACUGCUGCCAAACAGAGUGGUUCACAACAUUUGAAACAACAAAGACAAUCCAUAUGGUCGGACUGUCAGACAUCGAAUGUGAGGAUUCCCUACAAACGAGGCACAGAUUGGAACGCCCCGCAUAUUUGUGUGCGGUGGAGGGUGGGGAAUCUAUACUCUGGUACAUUCUGCUCAUUCUACCUAUGUGCCUGUUUUUUGUGGGCAUUUCGAUUAUUGUUCCCCUCACCUUCAAGCCCCAAUUGCUACAAAAGUCAAUCAAAAAGAAGUGUUUGAAGCCUACAUCUUACUGAUACUUUAUACACCCUGGACAAAACCAUUUUUUGUACGGUGAGCUACUGUAAAAUGUUACUAAAUGGAUGGAAAUAAAUUCAGUUAACUGUAAAAGAAAAAUGACAGUAUGUUUGGACAAACCCUGUGUUUGAGGGGAAAAAAAACCCAGCUCAUAAUAUUUCACAUCGCUGGGCUUAUGAAUUACAGUUCAAAACCAGACCCUAAUCCCUGAUGUACCGUGAUGUAAAACUGUGGCUACAUUCUUGUGGCAUUGGUGUAUAUGUGUGUGUGUGUGUGUGUGUGUGUGUGUGUGUGUGUGUGAACAUAUGCAGAAGUAGUGUGAUGCAAGCUGUUGCUAUAAGCAGCAGAGGAAACAUGAAAUUUCCUGUUUUGCUGAGAUGUGCAGCAACUGCCCAGUUCCGUAUCUCAAAGAGGAGGGGUUUGAGGUUUCCUUCCCAUCAGUGAGACACAGAUGCGACAUUCACACGAAAUUCCAGUGCACCUCAUGAGCGCUCGGUUUGGACACAUAUACGAAUACUCCAUCAUCUGUUCCGCUGUGCCAUGCAGAGGCAGGUCGCUGAACUCUAGUAAACUUGCACAGGUGUCAUCGUAACCACUGCAUGACGGAAUUAGGGACUCCAUUCACACUGUACAGGACAGAAGGGCUGUAACAAGGCGCUUCUCUACCUUUGGGCGCACAUGCGUCGUCGCUCAGGAGUGAAAAGGUUGGCAGAUCAGUACGUAGCUGUGCAGCCUGCCGGAGUCCUAACCAGAGAGUAACCAAAAUACCGCUGUGGUGAUGCUCAGGGUCAUGGUGGUUGGAACAUAAAAAGAGAAACCGGAGCGAAGUCUUGUGAACGCCUCCAAACACAGUCAUUUUUUUUUUCAUAUCUUUUACAACAUAAAGUCACCAGUCAGUCGGUUUUUAAUUGCUCCAGUUUCUUGAGUUCUAUGCACACAAACGGGUAAACAAUAAGUAAGGUAAAGGAAGGCAACUCAGAGCAGUUACCGGAGACAGAGAAACAAGCUUGAGACUUGAAGGUCUCUGAUAUGAACGUCUUUAACCACCAUUGGGUUAUCAAUGAUUAAUAUGAAGAGUGACUCACCCGGCUCUUCUAAAUAUAUUUUGAUAGGCAACUAGAAACCAGUGUAACUGCGGGCAAAACUACUGGCAAUUAUUGUUUUUAGGGGGGGCUGCAAUAUAUCAAGUUUUCACUUCCUGUCAAGAAAUGAACGGCAAGCGGAGCGAAACGAGAGAUAUCUGGGUAACUCAACGGGAGCGAGGCCUGAAACCCGCGGUGGUUAACGCUGCUGCUGUUCUGAUAAAAAUGGCCCAAGAGUGUGUCAGUAAUCGCAUUGAGAAAGAAUUGGGAAAGACUCGCAGCCACGAAAUCAUCUGUUUGCGGAACACACUUUGUCACCCAUCACAGAUUGUUGACCAAGAGGAAUUCAACUUGGUUACUCAGCGAUCAGGUCAGAAGUCAGAAGACAACUAUAGCCUGUAUGAAGUGGGUGAGAGGGCACGCGCGCAUCUUGGCAGCCAAACAUUAACAACUUCUUUGCUAAGCUCGAGAUAGUGGAUAGAUGCACUUGAUGUAACUGCACACGCUACAUGUUUAGUGGUGUUGAGGGUUACAAGAGUAUGAAUAAGUCAGUCAAGUUUGCAGGGCGCACAUUACGCGCAACAGCGCUUUGCACAACAGCCCAGCUGUGGUCAUUGAGUCCACGCUUGAGGUGAGUUACCGAAUACGCAUCACAGUUUGCAAGCUGUGUGUUGGUGUUGUUCUUCUUUCAAGAAGUGGUCACAGUUUCUCACAGAUAGAUGCAAAUGAGAACAGAGACAUGAAAUUUGACUUGACCUCAAAUGGGAUUCGCUUGAGUUGCAAUCAGCAGGUGGUGAACUGCGGUCCAUCUAAAAUAGGUUACGUAUAUAUAUACACAUGCAAUUUCGAUAAAGCAUUUUUGGACACAUUAUACCAGAAGUGGUCAGGGUCAUGUGUGUAUUAUGUGAAUGUAAGUGUGUCGGCGAAUGCAUCAAAUGACUGAAGGGUUGACUAGGAAUUUAAUAUCAUGAUUAUAAAUCUGUGACACAUCUUGACUGAGUUGCUCAGGCAGGUUGUGUGUGGUCUGCAGAAAAAAAUAAAUGUGUACUGCAUGUGCAAA